UAAUUGUAUCAGCAGUGUAAUGGAUAAGAAAAAUGUUGAUACAUCUGCAAAGAAACCAUCUUUCUUUGAAAUAUUCAAAACACAAUACAUCGAAUCAGACCUAGGACCAAUAAGUCUCAAUUGGUUUGAAGAACUCAGCUCAGAAGCUCCACCUUAUGAUGUGAAUAAAACAGAAGACCCCUUACACAAAACUAUGGAUCAAAAUACUUUCAAAACCCCAAAAGGAAAGUUGUCUAUAAAUAACUCAUCAGUAUCAACUCCCAUGAUUUUUAAAGACCGGAAUAAAAAUUUAAAAACAUUUACUUCUCCUGUAGAAAAAUCAGCUCAGUCCAGUGAAGAAACAGGUAAAACUUUCUGUGAAAUGCCUACACUGAGGACACAAGUGGGUGAAUCAAAUGAAGGAAUGAAUCUUUCUAGUUCCUGUGUCAUUGCAAGUCCGGUUGUACAAGAAAAACAAAAUAAUAAUUAUGUACUAAAUGAAAGUUUAUUACAAACACCCAAGAUUUUUGAGGUUCAGACACAGAAAUGCAUCUCUGAGAGCUUGGGAGCAGAGGCAGAUCCUGAUAUGUCUUGGUCAAGUUCAUUAGCAACACCUCCUACACUUUCUCCAACUGUCAUAAUAGAAAGAAGAAAUGAUUCCAUUUGUGGAACAAAGAUCCAUAAUGAAGUAAUUGAUACUAUCAUGUAUGGUAUUUUUUCCAAAUAUGAAAAAAGUCUCAAGAGCAAUAAUAUUAAUAAGCAAUCUUCAUCAGGUAUUGAAAUUUCACAUGCAGAAAUGGACAGCAAAAUCCACAAUCUUGAAAGUUUUUUAAAUGAGUCUUUUGAUAAGAAUGCAUUUCCUGUUGAGCUACAUGGAUACCAAAAGCCAUCAAAUGUAUCAAAAGAUGAAGAUAAUCAUGAUGGAACAAAUGAUUUUUCUCUGAAUAUUGCCAACAGCAGAGUUUUUCUUAAAAAAAUUAACUCGGUUGAAGAGAAUAAAAAAGCUCUUUUUUAUGAAAAGAAUCAUGAGGAACUUGAAGGAGAAUAUGAAAUGAUUAAGGCUUCUAAGGAAAGUAGUAAUGAAAUAAAAUAUGAAAGAAAGUUAAAAUCUUCUAAAUAUAACCUGAAUAUAAAUGUCCCAGAAAUACAGAAUGCAGUGAAUAGAAAGAAGAAUAUGCCAUCCUCUUUGCUUUAUCCAUGGUCUCAGUUGGACUUGUCUGGUCUUGAAAUAACGCAGCUUGAAAAAAAAUUCAUGAAGGGUAUUAGUUCAUCUUCUACCUUGCAGGUCAAGAAAAGUUCUCCUGGUAGUCCAUCAUCUGUUAAAAAAGAAUGCAGUAGUCCUAAAAUAGUAAAAUCAUAUAUGUUAAACUCAACAUGUCUAAUACAAGAUAGUAAGAUGAAAUCUCCGAAAAAGUUAUUAGUUUCCGAAAACACCCCUUUAUUGAUUAAGAAUGAUUCAAUGUCAUUGAAACAUGCUGAGGAUGAGGAGUUUUCUUUUGUAAAUUUUUCAGAGAAUAAUUAUUGCUUAAAGAGCAGAACUUUAACAGAAUUCUCAGAAGUCCAAAGUAGUUGCUCUGAUUUCUCAAGAAAGGAUAAAAGUUCUUCCAGCCAUCUUCUAGGUAAUAUUUCAAAUCAAGCUUCUAGCAAUGACAGACAACACACAAAGUCAAGCUUGAAAAAUAUUAGCUCACUUUCCAGUUUGAAAAGGCGGCCCAAAAAAUUCAUUUAUGCUCUAAACAAUUCUCUAGUUCAGCAGGAAGAAGGAACUACACAGAGAGAUGGAUCUCUUACUUGUUUUGUGCCAGUGUGUACAAAUUUAGAAACCGGUAUCUCUGAACUUUCUGAAAUCCUAAUCAAGAAUGAAGGACAAAUUAAAAGUGCUGAUAAUCAUUCCACAAAAGCAAGCAAGCAAAUAGAUUCUGAAAAAUGCUAUACAUCUGCUAACAUGGUAUAUGAAACUCCAAGUAGUAAAAAGUCAAAUAUCGAACAUAACACUACUGAUAGUUCAGCACUACUACUAAAAAAUAAUAUGAAGAAAGAAACUGUAAUGUUUUCUAGAGAUAUUGCUGCUAAUUAUCAAACAGAGGUAGCUGAAAAAGGACUCCAUGAAAUCUGUGACAGUAAUACUUGUGUGGAUAGAAAGACUGAUUUCCCAAAUUAUAGUUCAUCACAAGCAUUUAUUGAAGAAUGUACAGUGCCAAUGCAAGUAUCAGAAACAGAAAAUAAACAAGUAACCUUGGAAUUAACUGCACAUUCAACAAAAGCAUCAAAAUCUAAAACUAUGGUAUUGGAGAAAGGAAUGGAUACAAUACUGCCUCCAUUACUAAGUUUAAAUUGUAAUAAGCAGAGAGAGUUAGGAUGUCUUUGUCAUAGGAAAAUCCAGAAAUUCAAAGGUUUUAAGACUGCAUCUGAUAAACAGAUACUGCUAUCUGCUGAUAAGAUCAGAAAAGGCAAAUUAUUGUUCAAGGAUAUAGAAGAUCAACUUCCUGAGGACUUCCAGAAUGAAGAAAAAGGCGCUAUUUCAAGUAAAAAUAAACAGGAAAAUACUGAGAAUUUUUCAGUUGGACAAAAUGAACUAAAUAAACAUUCAUGUAACUUUUUACCUGUUUCUGAUUCUAUGGUGAAUUCUAUUCACUCAAAUGAUAUGAAAAUUUGUUUUCCUGAAUAUGACAAUAAGUCUGUUCAAAAUGUACUUAAAAAACAACACCCUGAAAAAAAACAAAAUUUAACAGCAAGCCAAGUAGCUGAAAUUACUGAACUUUCUAAUAUAUUGGAAGAAACAGACAGUCAAUUUGAAUUUACUCAGUUUAGAAAAUACAAGACUAAGGUGUACAAUAACACUAACGAGACUAGAUGUUUUGAUAAAAAAUGUUUACAUUCUAAGAAUUGGAAAGAUAUAGGAUUUGUGGACGAUUUUGUGCAAAAGAAUCCAGGUGAUAAUCAGUCCUCCUUUAAGCAUAUAGAUACUGGUGAAUGUAAUGUUGACAGACAAAGCAAUGAGCAGGUUAUAUUGCUGAAAUCAAACAGAAAAGAAAAUAAAUGUUUUGUCCAAGUUAUUUCAGAUCCCUUACAGUCUGAUCUGGGAAAUCAUAGUUCAGUUAAGAACAAAGAUGAGAUUACAAGAAGAGGUACAGAAUUAGCCAGCAAUCUGAACGGAAUGGGUGAAAUAUUGAACUCCUAUAAAAUAGAAUCUGAUGGUUCAAACAAAUGCAAUAGGUGGCAUAUGCCUGUGAAAGAAAUAGAUAUUGAUUGGCCUCAGAAAGCCAAAAAAGAAGCCGCUGGAUAUGUAAUACAAGGUACCACAAAAGAUACAAUUGCUUUUGUAAAAGAAGACACAGAAAAUAGGUUAAAAGAUGUGGACUGCCGUAAAGAUAGUGUUGUCCAGAUUACUAGCACUACAGAAGUUAACUUGAAAAUUAUUCAAAAAUAUUCUGUACAUGUAUCAGAAAAUGAAUUGUUAUCCACUAAAAAUCAAAAUGCUUUACCUGUACAUCAUUUUGUAAAUUGUGGGAAAACUUGCUGUACCAAUAAUUGCCCAGAAACUUUGUCUGAUCUAACAUGCUUAGUUGAAGUUGCUAAAACCGAAAAAAAUACUUGGAGUGAUGCAGGUGCAAAAGAAAGCUUUAUUUCAGAACAAGAGGAAAAAGUAAAUAAGCCGGGGGAAAAAUAUUUUCUACAGAGUAUUCACACUGUUACCAAUGGGAACAUACUUGCAGAAAAAAGUAAGAGACUUAAUUUGUUGAUUGGCUCUGAUAUCCAGGAAGAGAUAAAUAAUAUGUCAUACUGCAAAAGGAAGAUAAAUGCUAGCCAUAAAGAAGUUAUCCCUUCUAUGAAAGAGAGUACAGAACUAAAUCAGACUGAAAUCUUUUUUGGAUGCAACCAUGAGAAUGUCUCUGAAAACAGGGAAAAACAAACUAAUGGCUUUCAUACAGCUAGUGGUAAGCAAAUUACAUUUACUGACAAAUCUUUACUUAAAGCAAGGCAUCUUCUUUCAGAAGAAGCUCUCUUUUUUGGAAAUAUGAAUAAUAUUGGUAAUCUUAUAAAGCCUAGUGUUGAAGAUUCAGUUAAACAACAUUUUAAAUUUGGAGAAGGAGCUGAAAAAUGUAGAGAAAUUGGACAUCCUAAAGAUAAUUUUGGAGAUUCUUUGGGUGUGCUGUCAAAUACAGUUAAACAGGGCUUAAAGAGUGGACUGACCUUUAAAGGACUGGCCUUGAAUACAGAUGCAUCUGAAUCACAUUUUAAUGGAGGAAAAAAAAUCAGUAUUUUGGAAGAAGCAUGUAAAAGUCAAGAUUCAAAAUGUGAUUUACAUUUAGUGGAUACUGGCACCUUACAGAAAUAUCCAACUAAUGAAGAGAGAACCUCAACUUCAAAACAAUUGAAAGUUAGACCAGCUGCAUUCAGUUUCAAAACAGCAAGUGGUAAAGCUGUUAAGGUUUCUCCACAGGCAUUAAAAAAUGCCCAACAAUUUCUUCAUAAAAACUACAGUAACUUGGAAUCUCAUUCUGAAACAAAUAAAUGUAAUACGUUAGGAAAUUCUUUGGAUGCUUUUGGCAGUAAAAACUGCGUUACUUCUGGUUCCUUGAAUGCAGAGAAGAUGCCGAUGGGAUAUUCAGAUGUAUCCCAGUUUCCUAGAACCAAAGAACUGUGUAGAACUGCCCAAACAUUACCAUGUGCUAUGCCCAUGUUAGUGGACACCGUCUCUGAAUCAAAUUGUGAAACUUCAGAUGAAAGUUUUGAAAUGGGCACGUGUUUUAACACCAGGGUUUCCACCAAAGGGAACCGUAUAUCAGAUUUGUCUACCGAUAAAUGCAUGUUUUUUAGCACAGCAAGUGGUAAGCCUGUUCAGUUAUCUAAAGAAUCACUGAAUAAAGCAAGACAACUUUUUUCUGAAAUUGAACCUAAUUUAUCAGAUCACAAUUUCAGCUGUAAUGAGAUACAUUCAGUGAAGAACAUGAAUACAACUGAGUCAGAUGUUAAUGCAGAAAUUAAUGUCAACAUAUCUGGCGAAACCUGUAGAAAUGAAAAUUGGAUGACACCAAAGCAUAGCUUGCUUUUCUUGGAUAUUAGCACCUUAGAAAAACCCUCAACUAAUGGAGAAAAAGACUCCCUUUCAAAACAGUUGAAAGCUAGACCAGUUGCAUUCAGUUUCAAAACAGCGAGUGGUAAAACUGAUAAUGUUUCUCAGGGAGCAUUAAAAAAUGCCCAACACUUUCUUCAUAAAAAUCUCAAUAACUUAGAAUCUCAGUCUGAAGCAAAUAAAGAUAAUACCUUUGGAAGGUCUUCUGAUGCUUUUCAUAGCAGGGAGUGUAUUGGUUCCAGCUAUUUGAGUGUAGAGAAGAUUCCAACAGAAUAUUCAGGCCUGUCCCAGUUUCCUAGAACCAAAAAAGUCUGUGAAAGUGCCCAAGCAUUAUCAUGUGUUGUACCCAAAUCAAUGGAAUUUGUGCCUGAAUUAAGUUGUAAAAAUUCAGAUGACUUUAUUGGAAUGCACAUGUGUUCUGAUAUCCAGACUUCCAACAAAAAGAAUUGCAAAUCAGACUUUUCUAUUGACAACUGUGGGUUUUUUAGCACGGCAAGUGGUAAGCCUGUUCAGUUAUCUAAAGAAUCACUAAAGAAAGCAAGCCUACUUUUUUCUGAAAUUGAAUCUGAUUUAUCUGGUUAUCAAAAUUCUGUCCCAGAUGGCAGUUAUGAUUACAACACAGUGAAUUCUAUACAAAAAAAAGUAUUUCCCAGGGAAAAUAGAUUACAUAUAUCCCAAAGAGAAAAAAAUCCAAACAUAGAAGUACAUUUAGGCAUUCCAUGUGAUUUUAAUACAGCAUGUGGAAAACAGGUACAGAUUUCUCAGAAGGCUCUCCAAAAUGGUAUGGGACUUUUAAAAGAAUUUGAUGAUACGGGUAUCAGUGCACGUGAUUUCUUUGUUGAUGAAAAUUUAAAGCAAACUCAUAAUUCUCCAAUGAAAACUCCCAUUACAAAAAUUAAACAGGAGCAUGAAGCUAAUUCAUCUAAACCAAAGGAGAAAUGUAAAACCAGAGAGAAUCUGAAUGAAAACGAAACUUGUAAAUCCUUGCUAAAUAUUGAAAUACCUAUGUGCAUCACUUCUAUUGAGAAAUACAAGCAACCAGCAGAAUUCAAAAGAAGCUUUUCAUGUUCAAAAGAAGUAAUUGAACCUUUGAAGAUAACCCGACCAUGCCAAAGCAGAGUCAAUACCAAAUAUGGAACAGAAAGGAAUCUGGAUUUUCUUUGUCCUGCUUAUUCCCAGACUCCAGAUAAUUACUCAGAUGUAGAAGCCUCAGAAAGUGCAAAGGCUUUCAUAGAAGAUGACGAUUUCACUGAUUCAGAAGUACAAAGAAAUAUUCAAAAGUCUGUCUUGACAGCUAAUAAUUCUCUGUUACGUACAAGAAGUGGGAAAAGACAUAUGGAAAAAGAAAACACAUUUGGACAACCUCCUAUUAAAAGAAAGCUGCUGCCUGAAUUUGAUCAGUCCGAAAAAUCCAAUAGAUCAUCUUUCAAAUCUUCAAGAAGUUCUCCAUAUGGUAUUUUUUGUUUUUCAGUCUAUAUAAGUCAUCUCAAAGAUCUUUGCAGAGCUUUGGCAGAUGAAAAAUUUCUUUAUUCCGCCAAUGAACGACAAGAAAUACUGAAUCCAAAUUUUAGUAUUCCACAGCAAGUUAUGAAAGGAUCUAAGUUUGGUGGUUUUUCAGAGCGGUCUUCAAUUAAGUCAUUGGCUCAGUUUGGAAUGAUCUUAACUGAGGAAAACAAACCACAAAAUCAUUAUUCAGGGGAAAAAACUACUAAGAUCUUUGUGCCUCCUUUUAAAAUAAAAUCAAGAACUUUAGAAGAUGAAAUAAGCAAUGUCAAAGACCAUCCCUCAUUCAGUUGCAAAAGUAUCAAUGGAAUGGAAGAAUAUAACCCAAAAGAAAUUAACAAAACCUUCAUUGAAUCAGAAGAAGAUAAUUGUGCACGAAUAUCAGCUUUGGAUUCAGGACGUAGUAAAAUAGUUCAAGACAUAACAAAAAUGACACCAUAUCUUCAGUAUGCCAGAAAUCUACAACAAAUGAGAAUUUCAAAGAAACAAGAUCAAAUAAUUCAUCCACAACCAGGCAGCCUGUACCUUGUGAAAAGGUCUUCUGGUCUUUGCAGAAUUCCUUUAAAAGCUGCAGUCAAAGAGAAAUUGCCUGACUUUUAUUCCAGUGAACAGUUGUAUGCUUUUGGUGUUUCCAGGCAAAGCAUAAAAAUUAAUAGCACAAAUGCAGAAGAUUUUCAAUUUCUUAUCCAGGAUUUUUUCAGUAGAAAAUAUUUUCUAGAAGACCAUGGAAUACAGUUGGCUGAUGGAGGAUAUAUUAUUCCUAAUGAUGAGGGAAAAGCUGGAAAAGAAGAAUUCUUUUGGGCUUUGUGUGACACGCCAGGUGUAGAUCCCAAUCUAAUUUCCAAAGCUUGGGUGUAUAACCAUUAUAAGUGGAUUAUAUGGAAACUGGCAGCUAUGGAGGUUGCAUUUCCACAAGCUUUUGCCAGUAAAUGUUUGACACCAGAAGGAGUACUUCUUCAGCUAAAGUACAGGUAUGAUAUAGAAGUCGAUAAAAGUCAACGAUCAGCCAUCAAAAAAAUAACAGAAAGAGAUGAUGUUGCUGGAAAAACAAUCAUACUGUGCAUCUCUAAAAUUAUAUCAUUUAACACAAACAUGCCUCACAUUGCUGACAGUAAAAGCACCACUGAGGACAAUAAAAAAGUGGCAAUCAUUGAAGUUACAGAUGGUUGGUAUGGAAUUAGGACUGUCUUGGAUCCACCUCUUCAAUCACUGUUAUCUAAGCAGAAACUGUCAGUUGGCCAGAAAAUUGUUGUACAUGGAGCAGAACUUGUGGGAUCUCAGGAUGCAAGCACCCCUUUAGAAGCACCAGAAUCUCUGAUGCUAAAGAUUACAGCUAAUAGUACUCGACGUGCUCGAUGGUAUGCCAAAUUAGGAUAUCAUUGUGAUCCUCGGCCAUUCUCUUUGCCUUUAUCCUCAUUGUUUAGCGAUGGUGGGACUGUUGGUUGCAUUGAUGUCAUCGUUCAAAGGAUUUACCCUAUACAGUGGAUGGAAAAAGUAUCAAAAGGGUCCUGUGUGUUCCGUAACAAUCGAGCAGAAGAGAGAGAAGCUACAAAAUUUGCUGCAAAUCGACAGAAAACAUUAGAAAUAUUGUUGGCAAAAGUACAAGCAAAAUUUGAAAAGAAUGAUGAAAAUAAAGGCAAAAGAAUACUGCGAUCUCAUGCUCUAACAAGGCAACAGAUACGUGCUCUACAAGAUGGUGAAGAGCUUUAUGAAGCAAUUAUUAAUUCUGCUGAUCCAUCUUAUAUGGAGGGUUUUUUCAAUGAAGAGCAAUUAAAAGCCUUGAAUAGUCACAGACAGAUGGUCAAUGAUAAAAGGCAAGCCCAGAUAGAAGCAGAAUUCAGGAAAGCUGUGGAAUCUGCUGAGCAAGAGACAAACAGCCCCUGCAGAAGGGAUGUAUCCACCAUAAUCAAACUACAAAUUGUAGAUUAUGGGACAAAAGAAAACUCAAAAGAAGGUAUACUGAACAUCUGGCGUCCAUCCUCAGAUGUUUGUAACCUCUUAAAGGAAGGAGGCCGAUACAGAAUUUUACAUUUAUCUGCAUCUCACUCGAAAGGCAAGUUGAAAACCAACAAUAUACAGUUAACAACUACCAAGAAAACCCAGUAUCUACAACUGCCAGUUUCUCAAGAAAGUCUAUUACAAGUUUACAGACCAAGGGAAUGUCUGGUGUAUGGUAAACUACUGGAGCCCUCCUUCCGACCAGCUUGUUCUGAAGUCGAUUUGGUGGGAUAUAUAGUUUGCUUGACAAAAAGAGCAGGUUUUUGUACAUUGGUAUAUUUGUCAGAUGAACAUCAUAAUAUAAUAGCAAUCCAGAUUUGUACAGAUCUCAAGCAGCUUGCUAUUGAAGAUAUAAUCAUUCCAUCUGCAUGCAUCUCUGCAACCAAUCUUCAGUGGCGACCUGAAUUUAAAUCAGAUAUUCCCACCCUAUUUGCUGGAGAGCUUUCUGCAUUUUCUUCAAACCCAAAGGAAAACCAUCUCCAAGAAAUAUUUAAAGAAUUUAAAAAUACCAUUGAGAACAAUGAGUGCUUUAGCAAAGAUGCAGAAUACAAAAUCAUGAAUUUGCUAAAAUCAGAUCCCUUGCAAUUACUCAAUUUAUCCAAAGAAUGUGGCUUGGAUCCUCCCUGGAAAUCUGAUGCAGGAAAUAAACAAGCAAUUACAAUUCCCAGCAGUGAACGAAGACAUCAAAGUCCUUUGACCAUUGGAAAGUCAGACAUAAAGCCAUCCUUUUCUCUUGGAUCUGCAAAAGUGACACUAGAUCUUCAAGAAACUCCAAAGAACUAUAAGAAACGAAAGGCAAUGGACCUGCUCAGUCGAGUACCUUCCCCUCCACCUGUGAAACCAAUCUGUGCAUUUAUUUCACCAUCUCUAAAAAAAGCAUUUCAGCCCCCUCGAAGCACUUGUACCCAGACCAAAACAUCAGUUAAAAAAACUGAAAGUAAGAAUAACAAACAUCCACCGGUAAAGUUAAAUGGGGCUGAUUUUGCUCCUGAAAGCAAUUUUGUUGCCGAUGAGGAACUUGCAAUGAUAAAUACCCAAGCCCUCUUAAGUAAUUUUUCAGAAGAGCAAGGAGUGGGUAAAACUAUACCUGUGAUAUCUAGUACAUGAUGCUGCAGUUUUUUAUAGGCUGAUCACUCUGUCCAGCCCACUAAUAAAAAACACACACACAUGCAUCAGGGUAAUACCAAAGAGAAUUAAUUCCUACAAAGGAAAACAAAACUAACAAUUCAUUAUUGCAAUGGAAAUGUUACAGAGGCAAAGAAAAUGUCACUGUUAAUAUAGUUUGUAUUUAAUGUGUGAAUUACCUUUUAAAACUAUGAACGUUGUAAAUGUUUGUUUAGAUUUGUUUAUUACACAUUUUAGCUCAAAACAAGCAUUUUAAGACACUUCAGUAAGAACAACUAUUGCAAAUUCCUGAUAUGUAAGCCACAGGUACAUUUCUGGAUCAGAAGUUAUUAGUUUCAAAUUUUUAUCUCAAAUUUAAAGUUUUCCAAAUAUUCAAUGCAUCUUAUGUCAAAGUUAGCUUUUGCAUAAACGGCUUAGCACAAGAAUAGAUAAAAAGGUUGCAGAAAUGGA